CGGAAUAGGUAUACAUAUCAUGGCGCCUCCGAAACCCCAACCAAAAGCGACCAAGAAGCCCGCCCCGAAAACACCACAGAAAGUAAAACAACAAUCGAAAGCAAGUACUGAGCCCAUCACCUCGACGAUUCCACUGGAGCUGCAACAACUUCUGCUCAACAUCUUCAAAAAUGCGUUUUCACAAUGCUUUGAGUCAGAUAUCAAACCGUUACUCCAGGAGGUCAAAGGACAUCUGUAUAAUCGCGACUUCUUGGCUGCGUUUGGGAAGGACGAGUACUUGGAGGCGUAUGCGGCGAGAUGGAGUCCCAGCAGGGCUUUGGGGUAUCUGCAGGUUCUAGACGAGCUGGGGGCGGAUUGGGACGCCUAUGAGAGGGGUGCUGGCGAAGACAAUGAAGACAAGAGGUGGAAGACCGUGUGCCUUGGAGGAGGAGCGGGCGCGGAGAUCGUGGCGCUCGCCGGGCCCAUGAGUAUGCGUGGAUCCUCCGCGGGGGAUGAAGAGGCCGGAAAGGGAACGAUGGAAGUCGUAGCUAUCGAUAUAGCCAACUGGUCCCCCGUCGUAGAGAAGCUGCACCAGCACAUCACCACCGCGCCACCACUCUCGAAAUACGCAUCCGCCGCCGCGCAAUCCGCCAACGCGCCGCUCGUCCAUCCCACAGCCUUCACCGUCUCCUUCCACCAACACGACAUCCUCACCACGCCCUUCGCCACACUCUCCUCCCUCCUCCAGAACGCCCACCUCGUCACCCUAAUGUUCACCCUCAACGAACUGUACUCCGCCUCCCUCGCCCUCACGCAAACCUUCUUGCUCAAUCUCACCACCUGCCUCACUCCAGGCGCGCUUCUCCUCGUCGUCGACAGCCCGGGGAGCUACUCGACUGUGAGUCUGAAUGGUGCGGAGAAGAAGUAUCCCAUGCAGUGGCUGCUCGAUCAUACGCUGCUGAAGAAGGGUGCGAGGGAUGAGGGGGGAGAUGUAGCGUGGGAGAAGGUUAGGGAGGAUGGGAGUAGGUGGUUUAGGUUGGGUGACGGGCUGCGGUAUCCGAUUGAGCUGGAGAAUAUGCGGUUUCAGAUGCAUUUGUACAGGAGGUUGGGUUGAGGGUUAUGGUUUAGUGCUGCUUCGGCGGGAAAUCGGACGGUGUACAAGGUCUCCAAGAAGCUCGCUGAAGGCCAAUUACCUAUGAUACCCCAUGCGUAUGCACGUCUAGCAGAAAAUCUUUAAUCCUCCAAGCAAAGUAAGGAAGCUAAUCGAUGUUGCCGGAGGAGGAGGGCCUGGGCUCCAGCAUUCCAGUGUUGUGUAACGUAGCCGGACGAAAACAUUCA